UAAAGCUCUCAGCUGUACUUAAUGGUCGACCUUGAAGAGGUUCAGUGUCUGACAGGGGCUCUUGUGGUGUCCUUAUGAAGCAUGGUAUGUGUCGGGUGUCCUCUUCUGUGUGGCAUGUGCACGACUCACGAGCAUCUAUUCUCAGCCUGAGUCAUUGCAUGUCCAGUACCUCUUUCAGGAGGCAGAGAAUGUGCAUGACUCUCUUCCAUGGCAUGGGGAAUAUAGUAUGUCUUUUAGCUUUGUUUGGGAAUCUUAUCCUGUGGUUUGAGCCAUAUGGGACACAUGUUUGUCCACUCUGCCUUGCUGUAGAAUCCAAUCCAAGCCUUCUGAUUGGGCAAACGUCCGAGGUGAUCCUCAGUGAUUGGUUGAACCCACCCAGCGACCACUAGGCCACAACUGGUGUGUUUUGAUUUUGCAGGACGAGGGUGCUCAGCCCCUGAACCUGUCGUCCAAGCCUAAGACAGCAAGCGAGAGCAAGUCACCCACCUCCCCCGCUUCCCCACAGGUCCCCACCAUGAAGCUGGGUCACCAUGGCACCGGAUCCAUGAAACACAGCACAGCCCCCUCCAGCGUCGGAGGACCACCGUCCAGAGUCAGCUCCAUAGACCUGCUUUCAUCCCUGUCCUCGGGGGGCUAUCUGAACGACCACGAGGCUGUGACCAAGGCCUUCGCUGAGGCCAGACAGAUGAAGGAGCAGCUGAAGAGAGAACAGCAGGUGUUGGAUGCCAAGGUGGCCGCCGUCAACAACCUCAGCCUGAACAACGGACGCUCCGACAAGGUCAGAUAUGUUAGUACAUCCCUUUAAACACAACCCCGUGCCUUUCUGUCCUCAUACUACUGACAGGAGAUAACUCUGUACCAUGACAUUAGAUUUAAGAAUUAGGAGCAAAUUCCCCUCUAGAAAAGUAGC